AGCAGUUUCUUUUCCUUUGCUGUGCUUGUUUCUUUAAGAAACACACAUAAAUAAAUCCACUUUACUUUCACUUUAAUUUGGGAAGGGGGGCUGAAUUUUGUCCACUCUGGAUCAUGCUGCCCUGGAAAAGGAAUAAGUUUGUGUUCGUGGAGAAUGAGACCAAAAGCAAGCCUAAAAGUCUCGGAGCCGGACUGACCUACCAUUCACUACUAUCGACUUUGCUCCACUCCUGCCCUGACCUUGUUCCUGAUGGCCCGUUCCACUGGCUGGGAAGCGUCUUCCAUAGCAAGCGUCAAAAAGUGGAGCUUAAUAAAGAGGAGCCCACCUAUAACGUGCGUUACCUGGGCAGCGCAGUCACCAUCUUGGCCAAAGGGGAGGACUGCACACAGGAUGCAGUGGCCAAAAUAUGGACACGCAGUAACUUCGGUGAACAGUGCGCCAAGAUGAAGCUGACCGUCAGCCCUCACGGCAUUCGAAUGGGAGCAGACAAAGGGGGCAAAAAGAAGCUGGUGCACCUCUAUUCGUUCAACCGCAUUACAUACUGCACUGCUGACCCCUUCCGGCCCAAGAUAUUUGCGUGGAUUUACAGGCAUCAGGUGAAGAAUAAAGCUGUUGUACUACGCUGCCAUGCUGUCCUACUGGCAAAGGCAGAAAAGGCUAGAGCGUUGGCGCUUAGUCUUUACCAAUCCUCAAUGUCCGCAUUUACGGAGUUUAAACGGCUAAAACGCCAGAGUGACUUUCGUCAUUGCCAACAACAACUGUUGGGUGAGGAUAUUGUGCCUAUUAUGCCCCUACGAAGACUUCUGAAUGGCCAAUGCCACUAUCAGCCACAAGCCGAAAAGCCUGGAAGUGCCACUCGGCUUUCGUCCAUUGCUGAGGAAGAAGAUGAGGAAGGUGAGGAUGAAAGACUGGGGAAUCUAGAAACUACGACCACAACAACAAACAGCAGCACUCCCAGUCUCCAUCCAGAGAAGGAUCUGGGAAAGAUCUUAAACAGACUGGACGAGGUUUCGAUUACAAGUUGGGAUGAAGCACAGAUGACGAUCAGCACUUUGGUGUGACUUCAUAUGGAUACAGUUAAGUGUCUUAACCACUGAGCCUAUGUCCUUUCGUCCACCCUGUCCGGUACAUCCACCACGAUGCACUAUGAAACAGCCCCCUAGAGCUCACCCUACCUCUGUAACCAGAUAAGAACCAAGGGAAGGAACUGUUCCACAGACAAAGAUUUGCAUAAGGAGGUGUCUAGAGAGAGAGAGAGAGACAGUAUAAGCACAAUAAAGGAGAACGACAGGUACACCAAUCAUCUUGUAUUGGUUGAAAGCUUACACCGAAAAGCCUUUAUCUACUCCAACAUUGAGCAAAGCUUACACUGCACACCCAAAGAAGAUAAAAGCAUGCAUCUUUUACUCCAGAUAUUGUGUGGUUUUGUGAGAACAUGCAAAAUACAAGUGCUUUUGACUGAUGGACUGACAAUGAGAGUGAACAUUUGUAUAAAGUGUGAAAAUUUUGUAUGGCCAAUCAGUCUCUUGAUUAUGUAAUUUUGUAAUUUUACCCUUGGGACCUCUCUCAAUGGACUCAGCUUCAAAGGGAUGGGUGGGAUGGUGUUUAAGUAAUUUUAUUGGCUCUGGGAGAAGCACUAAUGAAUUAAACCAUAACUUAGGAAUCGAGCCAUUGACUUGACAUGUUUACUGCUACCAUUCGUCAGAGCUCUGCUAAUCUUUAAUGCAUAACAAGUGGAGGCAUCACCUGUGACGAUCGAGACAGGCCUUUAAAAAUAUUUUUAAACAGUAUCUAUUUUGCACUGUGAUUUUGUUUGGGACCAAUGACAGCAAAGUGUGAAUAAGAUCUUGUAUUUAUACGAAUUAGCAAUUGUAAUUUAUGCUAAUUCUGAAUAUGUAUUGGUGUAAUGUGGUUGUCAUAAAAACUCAUUUUUAUGCUGUUCACGUAAAGGUCAUAGCUUCCAUCUGUCAAUUCCGGCAUGGUGUUUUGUAUUUCCAGCACAUCAUAUUUCAUCAUCUGGAUAAACUGAUUGAAAAACAGUGAAACAUUGCAUUUUCUACUGCUUUCAUCAUAUUUUUUCACUGCACAAUAGGAUUGAUGUUACUGUUUUAAAAAUACAAAACGUUGUA